UCUUGCGUCAGUGGAACCUCCGACUUCACCAACAACAAACGCCCUGCCGCAGGGUCCUUUGAACAGAAAAUUCGCAGAGCCUGCUCGCCAUCCUUGCAUUGCGACGUAGUUCCCGUCCUGCGUUCCAGUCGCUGGGACCUCCCAUCUCUGUCCCUCUCGAGGCCCCCCCCCCCCCCUUGUCCGUCUUCUGCGCGUCACGCACGCACGCCGUCUCGCCUCCAGCGGAAGUAUAGCUAGCUCAGGCUGCGCUUGGUCGUGACUUCUCGCACGAUAGGAGUGUAAUCCCGUCGCACAACAGGACAGGCUCCCGCCAUGGCCGAUGCCGACGACUACCUCCAGGAGGGCUUCGACCCUCGCAGCGUGACGGUGCCGCGUUUACGCUCCAUUCUCGUCACGCACAACGUCGACUACCCGUCCACAGCCAAGAAGCCGCAGCUCGUACAGCUCGUCACCGACGAGGUGCUGCCUCAGGUGCCGCGGUUGCGGGCGCAAAGGGCCAGGGCCAAGCGUUCGAGCUACGGCAUCGUCAACGCCGGUAGUGCCGAGGAUACCAACACGUGGGACGACCUGCCGUCCUCGCGGCCCGUCUCCCGCCGGUCGAUGUCUCCAAGAAAGAGCUCUGCCCGGGUCAAGCUGGAAGAGGAUGACCACGAGCCAUCCCACCUGAGGAGCCCGCGGAAGCGCGCCUCACGCUCCGUGAGCCGUGCACUGUCCCAUACGGACGAUGAUGCUGUCUCCGAAGUAUCCAGGUCAACGCGCCGCAGCCGCCGCACGGUAACCCCUCAAAUAAAGCCGGAGUCGGAUGAAGAGGAGCAGGAAGAGCUGGACUUUGGCGACGACGAUACCAUCGUUCAUCACGGGGACGAGAGCGUCUUCACCGACGACAAUCCUUUCCAGAGCGGUAGCUCUCCACCGCCUGUGAAGACGCCAACCAGUCGGCGCAGGACGGCUGGUGAUGAUGUUGUCAAGAGCGACAAGUCAACCCGUCGUCGAACAGAUGGCGUCGUCGACCGACGACAGAGCAGCCGGUCUUUUGCACUUGAGGCCCCGAGGCUGCGCCCCGAGACGCCGGAACCGAUACUCGAGCCUGGCGAGGAAUUCACGCCGGACGAACAGCUGGAACUGGAGGAAGCUGCCAGCAAGGGAGAGCUGCCUCUGAUCCAUCGGCCAUCUGCCAGCAAGACUGGCCGCCAAACGAGUCUGACCACGCCUCUAUUUGUUCUCCUCUUGGCGUUGCUGUCUGCGUACGGGGCCUGGUAUCGCCAGGAGAAGAUUGCCGUGGGCUACUGCGGUCUCGGCCGACCAGCGAAGACGCUCAUACCUCCGGAAGUUCCGGUACCUGACGCUUUGGUGCCCCUCAUCGAGCCUCAGUGCGAAAAGUGCCCGGCACAUGCGUUUUGCUACGAGGACUUUUCCAUCCGCUGUGAGAAGGAUUUCAUCCUGAAGCCGCAUCCCCUCGCCCUCGGCGGCUUGGUUCCGCUUCCCCCUUCUUGCGAGCCUGAUGGAGAGCGAGCGCGCCGCGUCAAGGCCGUGGCCGACAAGGCUAUCGAGGAGCUCCGGGAUCGCCGCGCCAAGUUUGAGUGCGGCGACCUUGUUGAUGACGCUGGCAAGCAGGAGGAUUCGCCGGCGAUGGCGGAAGAGGAACUCAAGGCGAGCGUUAGUAGGAAGCGCAGCAAGAAGCUCAACAGCAAAGAGUUUGACGAUCUCUGGAAGGACGCCAUCGGCGACAUAGCCGAGAGAGAGGAAGUCUCCGUUGAGACCGAGACAACCCCGUAAGUACACAUGUCUUGCCCCUCCCUCUGCGGCGUGGUCGCAAGCUGUGGUUGUUCCCCCCCAGCCGUUGCGGAUCACCACUGUAUUGACACAUGGACUAAUCAGAUCCGUCAUUGACCCCACAGACCGUCCAGUUCCCCCCAUCUUCCAAACCGCCGCUACUCGUCCUCCUCUCUCGCUCGCCUUCCGUUCGCCUGUGCGGUCAAGCGCUCCGUCAGGCUCGGGCUGGCACGAUAUCGACUCCCAAUUGGACUUUUGAUCUCGCUGUCGGUUGCCGUCUUGUAUUUGCGUGCCCGUUAUCGGCACCACCUGGCCGUUUCGGCGCAGGUGCCGGCGUUGGUGGAUUCGGUCUUGGGCCGCCUGGCCAACCAAAAGGAGCUCGGCGAGGAAGACCUUGACGACCCGUGGCUGUUCCUUCCGAACCUGAGAGACGACGUGCUGCGCGCCAAGCACUCUCUGUCGGAGCGGGAGAUGAUUUGGCGAAAGGUCAAGGCCGUGGUGGAGCAGAACAGCAACGUUCGCACUAGCCAGAGGGAAGGCCGGAGCGGGGAAGUCGGCCGGGCUUGGGAGUGGAUCGGCCCGACCAAGGGGGAGGGCGCCCGGAGGCGGCGCAGCGGCCGGGUCUCGUGGGCUCCCGAGGUGAGGUCGGAGUCUCCGGAGCCGUUGCCGGGGCCGGUCGUCAAGGAGAUGGCGGAAACAAAGAAGUGGGAUGAACCGCGGCCGUACUAUUAGACUUGCUGGGAAUGGUCUGGACCGCUGGCCCCCGUGUGCUUUUACUAUGUCGUACCUAAUGAAGGGUCCUUUUACCAGCGUUGGUGCAGUUGCUCUGCCAUGAUUUUAAUACUUCGCAUUCCCACCGUCAGUCGCUUCCAAUCGUGUCCGUGGCGUCUGUUUACGGAGUUGUCUGGGUCCAUUCGAUUCGAUCUCAAUACUUGACACAUUCCAGUUCACUACCAGGAGGAGCAUAUGAGCAAUCGGCGCGUCAGGUACGGACCAGUCACCGUAGAUAGGUUUACAUAGUUGAAUAGAUAGACUAGUUGUC